UACUGUAGUACACCUCAAAAUACUAUUACUACUAGGAGUAACAGACCUAUAUCGCCAACUAACACUACUAACGCCAGCUAACUCUUCUGUCACAAACCUGCGAGAUGUUUGGAAAGGUGCGAUGACGACGUCCGGUGUGGUUCUCGACACUGGGCUCCACCGACUGUGAUAAAACUGUGGAUUCAGCAGUGGCGGUUUUCAUAACCUGCCAAAGCUUUCCAGGCUUUCCAAGAACUACAGAUGAAAACAUAACCUCUCCCUGCUAAUUCUGAUUUUGUUUGAAAGUUGAGAGACCGAUUCUCUAUUCACACACGUAAAGCUGUGGGACCGGCCAUUAGUCUUACGACGACGCACGAACGUAGCAGAUCGGACGCAUCUUGGGAGUCGCUUUCGGCUUGUUUUAGGUUUUUACCUUGAGAGAACAUGCCUAAAAGUCUGAAGAGAACUUGCUCUACUGGUAUUGAGGCGAUUGUUGACAGCUCUGAGUCUGAGGACAGCGAGUAUGACUCGGAGGCAGAGGAGUUGUUUUUGGACGGCAAAGAUGCCCUAUUAGAUCGGACAAUCGAUGAAGAUUCCAGUGGGGGCAGUGAGUGGGAGUCAGACACUGACUGUGACCUGGACAGUGACUGGGAGCCAGAAGUGAAGCGCAGGACUGUGAAAAUCCCAACUUUUAAACCACCCCCCCCUGCUAAGAAGAGCCAAACUGUUAAAUCACCCCCCCCUGCUAAGAAGAGCCGAACUGUUAAAUCACCCCCCCCUGCUAAGAAGAGCCGAACUGUUAAAUCACCCCCCCCUGCUAAGAAGAGCCGAACUGUUAAAUCACCCCCCCCUGCUAAGAAGAGCCGAACUGUUAAACCACUCACCCCUAAGAAGAGCCGAACUGUUGAACCACCCCCCGCUGCUGAUGAGGAGAUCCAAACUGUUGAACCAUUGUCCGCUGCUAAGGAGAGCCAAACUGUUACACCACCCCCCCUUGAUGAGGAGAGCCAAACUGUUACACCACCCCCCUUGAUGAGGAGAGCCAAAGUGUUACACCACCCCCCCUUGAUGAGGAGAGCCAAACUGUUGAACCACCCCCUGCUGCUGCUUCCCUGUCUCCAAGAAAACAAUCAAAAAAGGCAAGAGGUACUAAAAGGCACAGAGCAGGAGCAGCAGGGGCCCCGCCCUCACCUGAUGCACACGGGGAAAGGUGGAAUACACCUGAUGAAGUGGACAUUGUGCCUGUGCCGCUGCCCUUCCAACCCGCCAGAGAGCCCGGACCUCAGCGCAGGAGCAGAUGUGCUGCUACGCCACUGGACUUUUUUAGACUGUAUUUCUCUGACUUGGUUAUGUCCACGCUCUUGGCAAAUAUAAAUGACCACGGGGCUGAACAAAACCAAAACUGGACGGAUGUGACUCUUCCUGACCUCUAUGCUUUUUUGGCCAUCGUCAUAUACAUGGGAAUAGUGAAGCUUCCAGAACUGGUGGACUACUGGCGAAAGCACAAUAUUUUUAACUUAAUUUUUCCAGCUUCUGUCAUUUCAAGGAAUAAGUUUCAGCUCAUUUGCAGGUCAUUACACCUCUGCCCUUUGAAGGAAGACAUACAAAAUCAAGCGGCAAAGGGCACGCCAGCCUAUGACCGCCUGAAGAAAAUAAAGCCCCUGUACCAGCAGAUUGUUGAGGCCUGCAAAGAGCAUUACCAUCCAGGCCAAAACAUAUCAAUUGACGAGCGGAUGGUUGCAUCAAAAGCAAGGCAUGGACUCAAACAAUACAUAAAAAACAAACCAACCAAGUGGGGCUACAAACUGUUUGUGCUUGCGGACUCAGCGACAGGGUACACCUGGAAUUUUUUUGUUGAUGACGGCAAGGCCUCCAGAAGUGGCAAAGGGCUUAGCUACGACUCCGUCAUGUCUCUCAUGGACUUGGAAAAACUGGGAACGGGAUAUCACCUGUAUGUGGAUAACUUUUACACAAGCCCUGAUCUCUUCAAGGACUUGGCAGCCCAAAACAUUGGAGCUUGUGGCACCAUGCGAGUCAACAGAGUGGGAUAUCCUAAAACCACAACAAAUGACUUUGGCAGGAAAGACCCUCGGGGGAGUGUGAGAUGGAUCAGACACAAAGAGCUCCUCUUCAUCAAGUGGAAGGACACACGAGAGGUCGUCAUGUGUUCCACCAUCCACACUGUUAUGAGUGGAGACACAGCCCCUCGAAGGAUGAAAGAGCAGGGGAUGUGGAAGGUGGUGGAUGUCCCGCUUCCUGCUCCUGUGAAAGCCUACAACAGCCACAUGGGGGGUGUUGACCUCUCAGAUGCUCUCAUUGGGUACUACUCUGUUCUACAUAAGACAAAGAAGUGGUAUCGUACCUUUUUUUACCACUUCCUGGACAUUGCGAUUAUAAAUGCUUUUAUCAUGUACCGUUCCCAACAGCAGCAGGACACUAGGUACACACAGAGGGACUUCAGAGAGGCUCUAUUACAGGAGCUGUCAGACAUCGGAAGUCCUUCCACUUCUACCAACCAUCCACCACCUCCUGGCCCAGGAACAACCACACACAAACUCAUUUAUUUCAGUGAGGGCCAAAAUGUGCCUAAAGAGCAGGCGGCCUCUGCUGGCAGAAGACUGUGCAAACUCUGCCACAAAAAGACCCCGGUGGGCUGUGAGUCCUGUGAUGUGCCUCUCUGUUUUGUUCCCACUAGAAACUGUUACCGCGAGUGGCACGAUCAGAUGGAACUGUAACAUCACCUUCCUGUACCUUGUAAAUAGUUCUACCUUUGUCUUUUGUGUCAUUUAGCAGUUUUGAUCAUUUUUUUAAUAUUCCUGUUUUAUUCUGCGAAACAAAUAAAAAUGCUUGUAAUUCCAUUGGA